UCUAGUUAACCCGCCUCUGCCCACAUGGGUCGGAGCAACGGCCGAGCUGUGAAAGCUGAGGAAAUGUCACUGGGCACGACCUCAACAUCAACUGCGACCACUAGUGGUAGUAUGGCUGCGCAGAGUAAUACGCCGCCAGGUGCAUCGUCAGCUGUAGAGCGCCCAGCCACUCCACCCCACGUUUCGACGACGCCGUUGAAUCGUGGAGCUGCGAACUUCGUACCUGGGUCAUUGCUACACGGCACCAAAUUUAGCGCGCCGCAGUCUCAGGCUCAGAGUGAAGAUCCACAUCCACCACAGGUUGUCGUGCUCAACAGGAGAGGUGCCGCGGGCAAUGAAAACGGUAGUGCUGUCGUACCGGUACUAGUCGACAACUCUG